UUUUUAGAUUAUUAUUUUUUUUAUUUAAAAAUGGUUCUUAUAGCCGCUUCUGUUUUUACAAAAUCUGGGAAAGCGUUGGUUACUCGCCAAUAUGUGGCUGACAUGACAAGGGCUAGAUUAGAAGGACUUUUGGAUGCCUUUCCAAAACUUGUGACUUCUGACAAAAGUCAACGUCAGCAUACUUUUGUCGAGACAGACAGUGUUCGUUAUGUUUAUCAACCAAUGGAUAGUAUUUAUAUGGUUUUAAUUACAACAAAAGCUUCAAAUAUUUUGGAGGAUCUGGAAACUUUACGCCUUUUUGCUCGUUUGAUUCCUGAAUAUUGUCGUUCCAAUGAAGAGUCAGAAAUUGCAAAUAAAGCAUUUGAUUUAAUAUUUGCUUUUGAUGAAGUUGUUGUUUUGGGUUAUCGUGAAAGUGUUAAUUUGGCACAAGUUCGGACUUUUACUGAUAUGGAUUCGCAUGAAGAACGAGUUUUUAAUCAAAUGCAAAUUGCUCAACAAAAAGCUGCAUUGUCUUUGAUGAAAGAAAAGGAAAAAGAAAUUAAACGCCAAGAAAAACUAAAAAAGCAUUUGAAGAGUGGGAUUUCAGGAGCUGUUGCCUCAGCAAAAGGAAUUAGUUCUGCCCAGGCCCGUGCCGAAAUAACUUCCGCUAUAAAAGAUUCGAACGAAGGGAGUGGUGGAGGCAUUUUCAGUUCAUUUAAAAAGCCAAAUUUAAUUUCUGGCGGUGGAAAAGCUCUUAAAUUGGGUGCUAAAUCUGGUGCAAAUGAAGAUGCAUUUUUACAACAAUUAUGUGCUGAAGGGGAAAAAUUGAGUAUUGGACAGUCUUUAAAGUCGCAAGGAAUAUCUCAAGUUGUCGAAGCUGUCGAUAAAUCCUCUAACGGAAAAGUUCAUUUCAAAUGCAGUGAGAAAUUAAAUGCUUCCAUUACUCGUUUGGGAGUGCUUACAUCUGCCGAGAUUCAAGGCUCAAUUUCUUUGGCCAUUUCUGAUUCACAAUUCAAUACUGUUGUUAUUAAAAUUACUAAUGACAUGGCUAAAUUACCCGGAUAUUCUGAUCUUGUUGACGAUGAGGGAAAUAUUAAAGGCGCUAGAAUACAGGUUCAUCCAAACCUUGAUAAAAAAGAAUGGCAAAACAAUUCUGUUCUUCGUUUAAAAUCUGAACAAAAACCUUACCCUGUUGAUGUCGAUGUUGGUAUACUUAAAUGGAGUGUAAAAGUAAAUGAUGAAUCAAUUCCAUUGACUUUAAAUUGUUGGCCAAAUGUAUCACCCGAUUCUUGUGUGGUUAGUAUUGAAUAUACUCUUCAACGUACAGAUAUGGAACUUCGCAAUGUUCAAAUAACGAUUCCAUUACCACCCGCAACCACUCCACUUAUUUCUGAAUGUGAUGGAUCUUAUGAAUAUCAAAAAUCCAAAUCCCAACUUGUUUGGAGUCUAACUUCAAUUGACAAAACAAACAAAAAUGGAACAUUAGAAUUUUCAACCCCAAAUGGGCAUGCCGACCAUUUUUUCCCAGUUAAUAUUCGUUUUGUGUCUUUGGAUUCUUUUUGCAAAAUAACGGUUGAUAGUGUUGAAAAGGGACAAGAAAGUGAACAAGUUGAGUUUACUAGUGAACAUUCUUUAAUUACUGAAAAAUAUGAAAUUGUUUGA